CAAGCUCCUUCAGGCUACAUUCUACUUGCUCUUCUGGUAAAAGAAUCUCACCUAGAUUUCAGAAAGAUGUCUACCAUUCUGGAAAACAUCAUUUCCAUCAUCGACCUGUUCCACCAAUAUUCAACAAGUGAUAAAGAGACUGAAACGCUGAGCAAAAAAGAGCUGAAGGAACUUCUGGAAAUAGAGUUUCAGUCAAUCCUGAAGAAUCCAGAUGACCCAGACACUGCUGAUGUCUUCAUGCAUAUCCUUGAUAUAGAUCGCAACAAGAAAAUAGACUUCACAGAGUUUUUCCUUAUGGUAUUCAAGUUAGCUCAAGCAUACUAUGAGUCAAGCAGGAGACACAAUUUCCAAGAGUCAAGGCAAAAGCAAAAGAAGGAUGGACACCAUAAUAAACAUGAAGAAGAUGAUAGAGAAGAAGAGGAAAGAAAAAGAACAUCCAGUCAUUCAAGAAGUGAUGGAAAGAGAAAGAAGGCACAAUCCAACAGCUCAAGAGGAAGAGGGGAAAAUACACAUGUCUCUACUUCAGGAAGACAAGGACAAGAAGGUGAAAGAUCUACUUCUAGACACCAACAGGAACAUGGGAAAACACAUCAUGAGUCAAGUGGGAAAAAGAAAAGAAGGUCAAGUUCCACAGAAGAACAUGGAAGAAGGCACGAGGCAACUCUUGGCUCAGAGAGGAGAAAUGAAGGAAGAGAAGACAAACAUGGUUAUGAAAAUGAAAGACGAGAGAGUGCAGAAUGGAAACUGGGCAAAGAAGGCUUACAACAUGCAUGCGAAGAAAACAUAUGGAAAAACACAAAUAUUCAAGUGGAAGAAAACGAAGAAAAGAGAAACUCAGGGUUACAGAUAAGAGAAAGAAAUGCAUCAACAGAGAGAUACAGAGAAGAAAACAGGAAGGACUCAAAUGACGAACAUGAACAAACAGCCUACGAUUCUAGAACAAACCGAAACAAAGCUUCCACUACUACAGAGCAUAGAGAAAAUGGACGAGAGUCAGAGGAUUCAGUGGGACCCUCCGCCUCCGGUUCAGGACACCAACACGGAUCCGCC